GGCAGCAGCGGAAGAAGCGGCGACAGAAGCGGCCGGUUCCCGUCCAGUCUCGCCAUGCACGCUCUCCGGCUCCCCGCGCCCGCCUGCUGGCGCCUCCUGCUGCGCCCCGCCCCAAGGUCCUUGGGGGUCCCUGCUGGGCAGCUCCCGCCUCUGCAGCAGCCGCUCGGGAGGAGGCUCUAUGCGGCGCAGGCUGCGGAGGCCGUGCUGGAUAAAUCGGGCACCCGCGUGGCUUCCCCUUCUCAAGCUGCCACAGAGAGGAAAUCAUUAGCUGCAGAGUCCAAGUCGUUUGCGGUGGGAAUGUUCAAGGGCCAAAUCAUCACCGAGCAAGUCUUCCCUUAUCCUUCCGCCCUCAGUGAAGAACAAACCCAGACGCUGCAAGAGCUGGUGGGGCCGGUCUCUCGCUUCUUUGAGGAGGUGAACGACCCGGCUAAGAACGAUGAGUUGGAGAAAGUGGAAGAGCGGACGAUGCAGGGGCUGAAAGAGCUUGGCGCCUUUGGCUUGCAGAUCCCCGUUCACCUGGGGGGGUUGGGCCUCAGCAACACCCAGUAUGCCCGGCUGGUGGAGAUCGUUGGCAUGCACGACCUGGGGGUGGGCAUCACCCUCGGGGCCCACCAGUCCAUUGGGUUCAAAGGGAUUCUCCUCUACGGCACCCCAGAGCAGAAGAAAAAGUAUUUGCCCAAACUGGCAACCGGUGAGACCAUUGCGGCCUACUGCCUCACAGAGCCUACCAGCGGUUCAGACGCGGCCUCAAUCCGCACGACGGCUGAGCUGAGCCCUUGUGGCACCUAUUAUACACUGAAUGGGGGCAAGCUCUGGAUCAGCAAUGGAGGGCUUGCUGAGAUUUUCACGGUUUUUGCAAAAACGCCCCUGAAGGACGAGGCGACCGGUGAGGUGAAGGACAAGAUCACGGCAUUCAUUGUGGAACGCUCUUUCGGGGGCGUCACAAGUGGCCCCCCAGAGAAGAAGAUGGGCAUCAAGGCAUCCAACACCGCAGAGGUCCACUUUGAUGCCGUCCGGGUCCCGGUGGAGAACAUUUUGGGAGCCCCCGGCGCCGGCUUCAAGGUUGCCAUGAAUAUCCUUAACAACGGGCGCUUUGGCAUGGCCGCCGCAAUGGCCGGCACCAUGCGUGGCAUCAUCAACAAAGCGGUGGCGCACGCAGCAAACCGGACCCAAUUCGGAGACAAGAUCUGUACCUUCGGAGACAUCCAGCAGAAGCUGGCCCGCAUGGCUCUCCUGCAUUACGUCACAGAGUCCAUGGCCUACAUGAUCAGUGCCAACAUGGACCAAGGAGCUUCUGACUUCCAGAUCGAAGCAGCCAUUAGCAAAAUUUUUGGCUCGGAAGCCGCGUGGACCGUCACAGACGACUGCAUCCAGAUCAUGGGUGGGAUGGGCUUCAUGAAGGACGCUGGCGUGGAGCGGGUGCUGCGAGACCUGCGCAUCUUCCGGAUCUUCGAGGGAACCAAUGACAUCUUGCGCCUCUUCGUGGCGCUGAACGGGUUCCAGAACGCCGGGAGCCAGCUGCGUGGGUUGCAACAGGCAGCCAAAAACCCCCUGGGGAACGCCGGCCUCUUGGUCAGCGAGGUGGGCAAGCGGAUGCGCAGGAGAGCCGGUCUCGGGACUGGGAUUUCGCUGAAUGCUGUGGUGCACCCCAGCCUGAGUUCCAGUGCUGAACGGACCGUCUGGGCAAUCGACCUCUUCGCCGGGACUGUGGAAGAGCAACUCCUGAAGCACGGCAAAAAGAUCAUCGAUGAGCAGUUUGUGCUGAAGCGGAUUGCUGACAGCACCAUCGACCUGUAUGCCAUGGUGGUGGUUCUCUCGAGAGCCUCCCGGUCGCUGGAGCAGGGCCACCCCACGGCCCAGCACGAGAAGGUGCUCUGUGACACUUGGUGUGCGGAGGCCUCCGACCGGGUCAUUCAAAACCUGACGUCCCUGCGGGCCGACUCCACGCGGCAGCUCUUCAAGAACCUCCGGAGCAUCUCCAAGGCAGUGGUGGAGAGCGAGGGGGUGGUCUCCCCCAACCCCCUGGGCAUCUGAAAAGCAGCCCUGCUUUCCGGCAGCCUUGGGAAGGAGCAAGCCGUCCGUGUCACGAAACUAUUCGGGCCGUUCUUCCCUCUCCCCCACCCCCUUCCGAAGAGGCCUAGCAGCACCUUUGGGGAAUAUACCUCUUUGCUCUGGAAAUGCCUUAAUGCACCUCAGGGAGGGGGGAAGAGCUGUUGCAAGCCACCGUUGCCGGUCUCCACUAGCCAAUCGCACGGGGGAGCAAAUGCAGUCCACCUCUAGACAUGGCGCAUCUUGAACUCGGCGUUUUGCAUCUGGCAUUGGCAAGACUUUCCUCAGAUUUGGUGGCAGCUUGGGGCCGGUGGCUCCUGAGGUACCCCCCCACACACUUGGUUCUGUGACGCCCCAGAAGUCAUUUGGGUGGCAGCCUUUAACCUCUUAAUCAGUAGCAUGUGCUUCGGUGCUGUUAACGGUAUCUUCUGUGAAUAAUGACAUUAAAGGACUUUGGCAAA